GGGGCGAGGAGGCGGGCGGCAGGUGCUGGCCGCGGGGUGCUGCGCUCUCCUCGCCGCCCCCCUUCCGCUCUGCCCCCCGCGCCGGGCCGCUCGGCGCUGCGCUGACGGGCAGCCCGGGGCCGCCGCCGCCGCCGCCGAGGGGGACCGCCCGCGGGCUCAGGCACUGCCGCCGUACUAAAAAUAUGGGGUCGGAAAACCCAAGUCCACAGAACCCUGGCUGUAAGAUCAUGACCUUUCGUCCCACCCUUGAGGAGUUUCGGGACUUUGGGAAAUACAUUGCUUACAUUGAAUCGCAAGGAGCUCACCGAGCUGGGCUUGCCAAGGUGAUUCCUCCCAAGGAAUGGAAGCCUCGAAAAACCUAUGAUGACAUAGAUGACAUGGUUAUCCCAGCUCCUAUUCAGCAGGUGGUUACUGGACAGUCAGGGUUAUUCACCCAGUAUAAUAUUCAGAAGAAACCUAUGACUGUUGGAGAAUACCGGCGUCUGGCUAAUAGCGAGAAGUAUUGUACUCCACGCCAUCAAGAUUUUGAAGACUUGGAGCGCAAGUACUGGAAGAAUCUCACAUUUGUCUCACCAAUUUAUGGGGCUGAUAUCAGUGGCUCACUAUAUGAUGCAGAUGUGGAAGAAUGGAAUAUUGGCAAUCUGAACACUCUCUUAGACAUGGUGGAACACGAGUGUGGCAUUAUCAUAGAAGGUGUAAACACUCCCUACCUCUACUUUGGGAUGUGGAAGACAACAUUUGCUUGGCAUACAGAGGACAUGGAUCUCUACAGUAUCAACUACUUACAUUUUGGGGAGCCAAAAUCCUGGUAUGCCAUACCUCCAGAGCAUGGCAAGAGAUUGGAACGCCUGGCAAAAGGAUUUUUUCCAGGAAGCUCUCAGGGAUGUGAUGCUUUCCUCCGUCACAAGAUGACCCUCAUUUCACCCUCAAUCUUGAAGAAGUAUGGCAUUCCUUUCGACCGGAUCACCCAGGAAGCUGGAGAGUUUAUGAUCACAUUUCCUUAUGGUUACCAUGCUGGCUUCAAUCAUGGCUUCAACUGUGCUGAGUCUACCAACUUUGCCACUUUGCGAUGGAUUGACUAUGGAAAAAUGGCAACCCAAUGCACUUGCCGCAAAGAUAUGGUGAAGAUUUCCAUGGAUGUCUUCGUGAGGGUUCUGCAACCAGAACGUUACGAUUUGUGGAAACAAGGAAAAGACAUUGCUGUCCUGGACCAUAUGAAACCCACAGCUCUGACGAGCCCAGAACUAGAUGCCUGGAAUGAGACAAAAGCAGAGUUGAAGGCUAAAUUGCUCCGCAGGAUAGGAGAUGAGGAAGAGGACAACAAACACCGGUCUCACAGAAAAAGAAGUCAACCCAGAAGACAUAAAACAGAGGAUCAGAAGUCUCUUGGGGAUGUCAUGGCUAUUGAAACUGCCUUGGAAGAUGUGAAAGUAAAAGAGGAACUGAAAAGGGGGCCAGAUCUAGAGGAAGAGGAGAGAAGCAAAGCGAUUGAGGGAGAAGGUGACAGCAAAGCGAAGGCCCGUCCUCCGAAAGUAAAAGGCGAGAGGAAGAAGAAGCACCUUUUCCAUCAGCACCAGCACCAUCUGCCAGCACCGCAGCCGCCGCCGCUGCCGCCGGCACCGCAGCAGCAGCUGGCCGAGGACGAGGCGCCAGCCGCGCGGCCACCGGCACCCCCGGCGGUACCCACAGCGGCCACGGCAGAGAAGAGCUUGCCCCCAGCUCCUCUGAACAUUAUCCAGCCCUCGGAGGCACCAGUUGAGGAGGAUGACUUUAAACCUCGGCCAAUCAUUCCCAUGCUUUAUGUGGUUCCACGGACCAAAAAGGUGGUGUUUGACAAGGAGCGCAUGUCCUGCCAGCAGGCGUUUGAGCAGUUUGCCACCCAAAAGAGUCCAAGUUGGCGGGAGCAGACGGUCCCUAUGGAAAUCCCUGUGAAGGAGGAGGAGAAUGCAGAAGCAGAAAAUACAGAGAUCACUACAGAGACUGCUUCUGCUUUUUCAAAACUGAAGAUGGAGAUAAAAAAGAGUCGUCGUCAUCCAUUGGGCAAACCACCAACCCGCUCCCCAUUGUCAGUGGUUAAACAGGAGACCUCGAGCGAUGAGGAAACAUUUCCAUUUUCUGGGGAGGAAGAUAUGAGUGACCCAGAGGCUCUGAAGUCUUUACUUUCCCUUCAGUGGAAGAAUAAAGCACAUAAUUUCCCAGCUGAAAGAAAAUUCAAUGCAGCUGCUGCCCUGAGUGAGCCAUACUGUGCUGUCUGUACCCUCUUUUACCCGUAUAACCAGUCCUUACAGAUGGAUAAAGAAGCUGUCCCAGCCUCUGUAGGGGAGACCACCUCUUUCGUCCACCUUUCUAAGUGCGGACAAAAGACCAAGCCUCUGAUCCCAGAGAUGUGCUUUACCUCAAGUGGAGAAAACACUGAGCCCCUUCCUUCAAAUUCAUAUAUCGGAGAAGACGGAACAAGUCCCUUGAUAUCCUGUGCCAAAUGCUGCCUGCAGGUUCAUGCUAGCUGUUACGGAAUUCGUCCAGACUUGGUGAAUGAAAGUUGGUCUUGCUCACGGUGCUCAGCCAAUGCAUGGGCAGCGGAAUGUUGCCUGUGUAAUCUCAGGGGAGGAGCUCUUCAGAUGACCACUGAUGGGCGGUGGAUCCAUAUAAUCUGUGCUAUUGCUGUCCCUGAGGCCCGUUUUCUCAAUGUAAUAGAGCGUCAUCCUGUGGAUAUCAGUGCUAUUCCAGAGCAGAGAUGGAAACUGAAAUGUGUGUACUGUCGGAAACGGAUGAAGAAGGUGUCUGGUGCCUGCAUCCAGUGCUCGUACGAGCACUGCUCCACGUCCUUCCACGUGACCUGCGCACACGCAGCCGGCGUGCCCAUGGAGCCAGAUGACUGGCCCUACGUCGUGUCCAUCACUUGCUUCAAACACAAAGCAGCUAACCAGAAUAUUCAGUUUCGAAGGGAGGUGACACUUGGACAGACUGUGAUCACAAAGAACCGGAAUGGACUCUACUACAGAUGUAAAGUGAUUGGCAUGACAACACAGACUUUUUAUGAAGUAAACUUUGAUGAUGGUUCAUACAGUGACAACGUGUACCCAGAAAGCAUUAUUAGCAGAGACUGCAUCCAAAUGGGACCCCCUCCAGAGGGUGAAUUGGUUCAACUGCAGUGGACAGAUGGAAUCAUCUAUAAGGCCAAGUUUAUUGCAGCCCAGAUCAGUCAGAUUUACCAGGUUGAAUUUGAAGAUGGUUCUCAGCUAAUGGUAAAGCGUGGUGAUAUUUAUACCUUGGAGGAAGAGCUUCCCAAGAGAGUGAAGUCUCGCCUGUCCCUCAGCACUGGGGCCCCUCAGGAAGAUGUAUUUUCGGGAGAUGAAGUGAGAGCAGCCAAACGCCCCCGGCUGGGGAAUUCAAGAAAUCCCGAAGAAUACGGACAAAACCCAGAUUAUUUGGCCUUUAUGGAGAGCCUGUUGCAGACACAGUACCAGCCUGGAACUCAGAGCAACAUGUUUUAACCAGGAUUAAUUAGAAAUUCUAAAUUAACCCUUUUCAAGUCUGCGGAAAAAUAACCAGGAAACUGUGGAAUAGAAGACCAUCCUUGUGCAAUAGCCUGCUGUGAAUUUUGUUCAUCUACUCUUGGUUUGGACUGCAAGAAAAUCCUGUCUGGCUGCACGCUACCUCUACUUUGCCAGACAUUGCUGACCCAUAGAGUAGGGAGCUUGAAAAAAUCUUCAGACAGCAUUUCACAUGGAGACUUUGGAAGAGUUUGUACUAAUGGAGCUUCGUGACUGGCUCCUUUUUAGGAGGCUUGGAAAGGGUUAAAAAUUAAACAAAAUGACUUUUUAAAAUAUGUCAAACUCUUUUGUCUUUAAAGGUGCUAUUACAUUGACUACUGAAGCAGCCUUUGGAAUUGUGUUUUCUGUACAUAGACGUCUCCUUUGUGAAGUUUUCUAUAAAUGAGCAUUAUUAAAAAAAAAAAGGCAAACAAAAAUAGGAAAACAAAAGUUUCCACAAAACAUUUUUCUAGAUUAUGGCUUUAAAACAGAAAAUAAACAACAUCCUCCCCCUUCACCCCCAGAUGAAAUGUGACUAAUAUUACAGCGGGGAGAGAGCAAGCAAGAGCAGAUGUCCUGGAAAGUUCUGGGUUCUUUUUUGUAAAGAAACACUAUCUUCUUUGUAAGCUGGGAAGAUGGGGAAAGAAAUGUUUCACAGCUGGGAUGUUUCUUACCGUUAGUUCUCUUAAAGACAUGUGAUAGAUGUGUGCAUUUCUGCCAUGUCACCAGGAAGGGACUUAAGGAAGAAAUGGCCAGGUUCUGGUCAUUCUUGUCAUCUUCCUUCCCCAUCUUUGCCAUCACAGUUGCUUUCUAGUUUAAAAUCAGCAUGGCUUUCAGUUACAAUAUGCCACUCCGUUUUGGCAAGUGUUCUGUUGCUGCUUCUUGUGUUAGUUCCUUUACGGGCCAUCCCCCUUCCCCACUGCAGACUAGAGCAUCGAGGGGUUGCUCUAGCUCUCUGGUAGGCAUGUCUCCCAUAGGAACCUUUUUCUUUGUCUCCUUGGUUGUUUCGUUUUUGUUGGGGUUUUUUUUUGUUUGUUUGUUCUUUUUUGGUUUGGUUUUGUUUUGUUUUGUUCUUUUUUUUGAGUUGUGCUCCUUACAGUUGUGAGAAUCAUUCCAUGACAGAAGCCUGGGAGGUGUUUGUAUGUUUUUCUUUUAUCUUAUUAAAGAAGAAAUUCCCCAAA